UCGAUGAGACUGUUGUUAGUAUAUGAACUUGAAUAUGUCGCUGUCAAUAAAAUACAUUUUUUACGACAGUUAGUAUUUGUCUUAGUAUUUGUGACGUUAAUCUAGAAGUUGUUAGACCCUCAAAUACAGGUAAGCAAACAUGGGGGACCGCGUUAGUCAGAUUGUAUCUGAAACGAACGAAGUUAGGAGAUAGCGCUUACUGGAAGAGGGUUCAGGGUCAUUUGUAUGACGUGUAGAAUAUACGCCGUUUUAUAACUAUGAGUUACAAGAACCAGUUCAGAUGUGUUAGAUAGGACUACCUCACCCCGAAUGACCUCGACGACGAUGCGGCAAAUGAAAUGAGAGAGGGAUCGAAGACUGCGCGUCUGUAGUUUCAUGUGUUCCGCUCGGUGUCCGUCAUUGCGCGCGCUUUUCCGACGCUCCGCGCGACCCGACUGCUGUGCGCAGAGCUCUGUAAACACAACUGUGGGACAUCAUGACUAUCCCGAAAGACAUCCCGGAGAAGUGGUUCCCAAUCAUUCUCCCUCUAAAACGGAAGAAAGAGGGAUUAUCCAGCUCGACAAAAAUAAGAAAACGUGCAGAGGAGGAAAGGAGAGUCCGAGCCAACGACAGAGAGUACAAUGAGAAGUUUCAGUAUGCUAGCAACUGCAUCAUGACCUCAAAGUACAACAUUAUCACCUUCUUAGCUGUCAACCUGUUUGAGCAGUUCCAGGAAGUUGCCAACACCUACUUCCUGUUUCUACUCAUACUGCAGUUGAUUCCACAGAUCUCCUCAUUAUCCUGGUUCACCACCAUCGUGCCUUUAGUGCUGGUGCUGAGCAUCACUGCAGUCAAAGAUGCCACUGAUGAUUAUUUUCGUCACAAGAGUGACAACCAGGUGAAUAACCGUCAGUCUCAGGUCCUCAUCGGUGGCAUUCUUCAGAAAGAGAAAUGGAUGAAUGUCAGAGUGGGUGACAUCAUCAAGCUGGAGAACAAUCAGUUUGUGGCAGCUGACCUGCUCCUGCUAUCCAGCAGUGAACCUCACAGCCUGUGUUACAUUGAGACUGCAGAACUAGAUGGUGAGACAAACAUGAAGGUGCGUCAGUCUCUGUCUGUCACCUCAGAGCUGGGAGAUCCUAACAGCCUGGCCCAGUUUAAUGGAGAGGUGGUGUGUGAGCCCCCCAACAACAAGCUGGACCGUUUCUGUGGGACUCUAUAUUGGAAAGACUGUAAAUAUGCCCUCAGCAACCAGAACAUGCUGCUGCGUGGCUGUGUACUGCGCAACACAGAGAGCUGCUAUGGCAUUGUUAUAUUUGCAGGUCCUGACACCAAGCUGAUGCAGAACAGCGGUCGCACUAAGUUCAAGCGGACCAGUAUAGAUCGACUGAUGAACACACUGGUGCUGUGGAUUUUUGGGUUCCUGGUGUGUAUGGGAGUGAUCUUGGCCAUAGGGAAUGCCGUAUGGGAAAAAGAAGUGGGUGCUCUGUUCCAAAGUUUCCUACCAUGGGACCCUCCAGUGGACAACUUCCUGUUCUCUGCCUUUCUCUCCUUCUGGUCCUAUGUCAUCAUCCUUAAUACAGUCGUGCCCAUUUCCCUCUAUGUCAGUGUGGAGGUGAUUCGUUUGGGUCAUAGUUAUUUUAUUAAUUGGGACCGGCGGAUGUUCUGUAGCCGUAGUAACACAGCAGCGGAGGCCCGGACCACCACACUUAAUGAAGAGCUCGGACAGGUGGAGUACAUUUUCAGUGACAAGACGGGAACCCUUACUCAGAACAUCAUGAUCUUCAACAAGUGCUCCAUCAACGGCCAUGCAUAUGGCGAGGUGAUGGACAUUCAAGGUUCCCUGCAAAAGAGAGCUCAGCCCCUGGACUUCAGCGCGUGGAACCCCUUAGCCGACCCUGGCUUCUGUUUCUAUGACCAGUCCCUGCUGGAGGCAGUGAUGGUGGGGGAACCAGCCGUGCAUGAAUUCUUCCGGGUGCUGUCUCUCUGCCACACUGUCAUGAGUGAGGAGAAGAGUGAAGGAGAACUGGUGUAUAAGGCUCAGUCUCCGGAUGAAGGAGCGUUGGUAACAGCUGCCCGUAAUUUUGGCUUUGUGUUUCGCUCUCGGACACCCGGUACCAUCACCACCCAAGAACUCGGCAAUGCAUUGACGUAUACGCUCCUCGCCAUCCUGGACUUCAAUAACAUUCGCAAAAGAAUGUCUGUCAUAGUGAGAAAUCCAGAAGGCCGCAUUCGUCUGUACUGUAAGGGCGCAGACACGGUGCUUUUCGAGAGACUACACUCUUGCGACCAGGAGCUGAUGAACGUCACUUCAGACCAUCUUAAUGAGUAUGCGGGCGAUGGGUUGCGGACGCUUGCUGUGGCGUAUCGGGAUCUGUCUGAGGAACAGUGGGAGAAGUGGUCGGAGCGUUACCGUGGUGCUGAUAAAGCCACAGACUGCAGAGAUGACCGGCUGGCUGCCGCCUAUGAGGAGAUCGAACAGGACAUGAUGCUGCUGGGGGCCACAGCCAUAGAAGAUAAACUACAAGAGGGCGUUCCUGAAACUAUUGCUAUUCUCUCAUUGGCUAACAUCAAGAUCUGGGUGCUAACUGGAGACAAGCAGGAGACGGCAGUGAAUAUUGGUUAUUCCUGUAAGAUGUUGACAGACGACAUGACGGAGAUCUUCAUUGUUAAUGGACACACUGUCCAAAGUGUGCGCGAAGAACUGAGAAAAGCCCGAGAGCGGAUGCUAGAGUCAGCACGCAUCAGGGAUGGAGGGAAGGAAGCGGAGGCUCAGGGUUGGGGUGGGGCGUGUGGGUUUGGGAAUGGAUGUGAAGGUGGUGCUGCUAAUUGUACACCUGAUGAGAGUAAAUGUCCCGCUCCUCAAGCCCCGCCCUCAUCCCUGCUAGAGUCAAUCAGUGGGGAGUUCGCCCUCGUCAUCAGCGGACACAGCCUGGCUCAUGCUUUGGAGGCGGAUAUGGAGCGGGAGUUUUUGGAAACGGCGUGUGCGUGCAGGGCAGUGAUCUGCUGCAGGGUGACUCCUCUACAGAAGGCUCUGGUGGUCGAGCUGGUUAAACGCCAUAAGAAAGCCGUCACACUCGCCAUCGGAGAUGGAGCUAAUGACGUCAGCAUGAUAAAGACGGCUCACAUCGGCGUGGGCAUCAGCGGUCAGGAGGGGAUCCAGGCCGUAUUGGCAUCAGAUUACUCCUUUUCCCAGUUCCGCUUCCUGCAGCGACUCCUGCUGGUACACGGACGCUGGUCCUAUCUGCGCAUGUGUCGCUUUCUCUGUUACUUCUUCUACAAGAACUUCGCCUUUACUAUGGUGCACUUCUGGUUUGGAUUCUUCUGUGGAUUCUCAGCACAGACUGUCUACGACCAGUACUUCAUCACACUAUACAAUAUUGUAUACACAUCCCUGCCUGUGUUGGCCAUGGGCAUCUUCGAUCAGGAUGUUCCUGAGCAGAGGAGCCUUGAGUAUCCAAAGCUGUAUGAGCCAGGUCAGCUGAACCUGCUGUUUAAUAAACGCGAGUUCUUCAUCUGCAUCGCACAAGGAAUCUACACCUCUGUGGUCCUGUUCUUCAUCCCGUAUGGAGUUCUGUCUCAUGCCACGCAGAGCAACGGCGUUCCCCUCGCAGACUAUCAGACUUUUGCAGUAACUACAGCGACGGCCCUUGUCAUCGUCGUCAGCGUGCAAAUUGCUCUGGACACUGGUUAUUGGACAGCUAUCAAUCACUUCUUUAUAUGGGGCUCUUUGGGUACCUACUUCACUAUUCUCUUUGCUAUGCACUCCAGUAUUCUCUUCAGCAUCUUCCCCAAGCAGUUUCAUUUCCUGGGUAGUGCUCAUAACACGCUGGGACAGCCAUUGGUGUGGUUAACCAUUGCUUUGGCAACGGUCAUCUGUAUUGUUCCAGUCCUCGCCUUCCGCUUUCUCAAACUAGACUUAAAACCUCAGCUGUCUGAUACUGUGCGCUACACUCAACUCGUGCGGCAGAAAAAGCGGAAGCCCUGUGGCCGCGCGGGUCGUGGAGCGGGCAGGGCUGGAGCAGCUGGAGGCAGUGCUCUCGGUCGUCUGGGGAGAGGUGGCUCUCGGCGCUCUGGUUAUGCGUUUGCGCACCAGGAAGGUUUCGGCGAGCUGAUCACGUCGGGAAAGAACAUGCGCCUGAGCUCACUGGCUCUCGCCACGUUUGCCUCUCGCCACAGCAGCAGUUGGAUUGACACUCUUCGCAAGAAAAAACACGCAAACAGCACAAGUUCACAUAACACACCGACUAAUGGUGAUGAUAAUACUCAAGCUCCACCCCUUUCUACAGCAUCCUCUGCGACUGGCUCUCAGGACGCAACCCCGGGCGAGGCAGGGCAAGUGUGUAAUGAACCUGUCCUCAAAAACAGCCCUGAUGAUAUUGCUCUCAGUGUGGUUAGGUGUGCAGAAAGAGAGGCGGGAGGAUGUGGUGCUGGAACUGUUCAGGAGGCAGUGUUUGUAGAGAGGGGAGCUGGACCUCGGACCAGUGGUGCCGGCAGCCCACCUGCCAUUGCAGAGGAAACAUCCAGCGGCGAGUGAGAAAAAAACAUUUGAUGGGUGGAUAGAUCGUUUGGAAUCCUUGAUGUGGAUCCUCACACCUCCUGGUGUUUGUUUGGUCAUGUUUGUGAGGACAUGGACACAGCACUGGACAGACAGUUCGGGAGCAAAACACAUAAAAAUGCAAAUCAGUGGGCUAACUGUGCAACCAGACAGGACAAAGAGAGUUUUAUUUUUGUGUGGUGGCAUUCACUUGCAUUCUAUACGAUCUCAGAUAACUAUCUUAUCUCUUAUUUAGUUAUUUGAUAUGUUUAUGGAUGAAAGAGUUUUCCAUUUUAGCCAAACUGUCAAAACAGCAAACCACUAUAUCACAUUGCCAAUGGUAAUAAUAUCACACACUUCUCUCUAUUAUAGCUAAUUGCCCUUUUGUGCAGAAUAAUUUUCAGGUCAAAGUUGAAUUUUUUUUUUUCAGGAUGAACACGCUUUUUCUGAUUUACGGUUGACCCUAAAACAUCAUAUCCAUUUUAACCUAUUGGUUAUAUGAGUAUCAGGCCUGUUUUCCACCACACAUGGCAGCCGAGACUAAGUGAAGCUGUGACAACAAAAGCAGCACUUUCAUACUGGAAGUGUCUUUACUGUUUAACAGCUGUUGCUCUAUAUUAACAAAAUAAAGCUUUAGAAUAUAGUCCGAGAUUAGUAGUUAUGUAGGCUUUUACCUGGUUGGUUAUUUAAACACCAGCCAAAAUGUUAAUACACUUCUCAAAAAUGUUAUCUUACCAUCUGCAUCAAGAGAUGAACAUCCAACACUGUCAUUUGUUAAAAAGUACUCUUCUUAAUAUAUACGUGAAAAAAUGUGCAUCACUUAAAUGUGCGGUGUUAAGUUCUAGUAAAUGUUGACAGAAUUUUCAUUCCUAGUGAACUAUCCCUUUAACAAAGUAGUGCACAGUAUCAUCAAGUUUUGUUUCAGUAUCCAGAUGCAUUAAUUCUGUUUCUUUCUCUGUAUCAGCAGUCUCUCAUCUGGUCUCUCAUACUGGCCUUUUUUUCUUAGCUUAGAAAAGGAUAUUUUUCUUUUUGUAUCUGUUUGUUGCUCAGCCGUUCUUAAGCCUGUUAACAUUGUCUCCAGUGACAAUUUCUCUUUAUAUUGCAUAUACUGUAAUGUGGAAUUAUCAACUGCGAAAUGAACUUUCCCGUGUGCUUUUGGAGAGAAGGACAUGUGGGUUUGUUUGGCAGAGACUAUAGCGAUCUACAGAUUUGUUAUUCUGUUCCCAAGGUUGAGAAUAGCACUAAGAUUCUGUGUGUUGAAGGAAACACUAUCGUUCUCAGUGAGAACGUGACUUUACUGGAUGAAAUCCUUCCUUCCUCAUCCAUUUCUUUGCACCAUACUGGUGCUUCAACCCUGAGCGUCUGUCUAGACUGUAAGUUUGAUUCUUCCACACUCCUAAACUCUGAUCUACUGGAGUCCAGCUGUUGUGCAUGGAUCCAGUGGACUGUCAGUGAAUGUUUGGACUUUGAAAACUUGUCAACUUAAACUCCGAGUUACCAAAUGGAGACCAUCCUGGUCUAAAUGUGGCCUUCACCAAUUUUGGGAUGAGAUUGAGAGUAAUUUAAUGAGAGUAAGAAUGUAAAAGAAUAGUGUGCGUGCGUAUGUUUAUUGUGAAUGACAGAUAACUUAACGAUAACUUAAAGCUUCUAGGUACAGUACUUCCAACGCACCCUGUGUAACUUACAGUAGAUCUAAAUCUCAUACUGAUGAAUAGAGAUAACUAUUAUAUGCCUUAAAAGCAAAACGUGUCGGUGUUUAAAAUGUCUACCUUCUUUCAUUCAGAGCAUAAAAAUAUUUCAUCUGUUACAAAAUUAUUUUGUCUGAUACAAUAAGAGGUCUAAUGUCAAAUCUUUGGUUUUUCAGUUUCUAUUGUGUGAAUUUAAUGUCUAAUGAUUAUUUGUGUUGUGAACAGUAGAUGAGCCUGAAAAAAAGAAAAUAUUAAAUUACUUCAAGUAAUAAGUGAUAAGCUGAUCGUGAUUGUGUGUCUGUGUGUGAAUGACUUUGAAUAUUCUUUUAAUUGUUCAAGAAAUAAUUAAUAUUGUAAGAUAAUAAAUUAUUAUCUUGGCAUCAGCAUAAAUUAUAAAUUCAUGAGAAGGUACAAUAUGGCAAACAGCCUUGUAAAUGUUUACACACCUUCACAUCAGGACAAUUAAGUGCAUGGAAUGAUAAAAAACAACCUAUAUCAGAUGUGUUAGUAACUGUCCAAAACGUGACAAUUAUUUUAAAAAUAGAGAGAUUGGCUGUGAAUAUCCUAAUAAAUUGUUGGUUUGGCACAGAAGGAAAUGCUUUAAUAACAACAAACCAUUGUCCAUAAUCAUGUAUGGCGAGUGGGAAAGGGGAGUGAUUUUGUUGCUAGGAUGUGCAAAGUGGUUAUAUCCUCACAAAUUUGCUCAAGGAUGUAUACUGUACAGACGCCAUUUGCUAG